AUGGAAACAGCCCGCACCCUCCACCGGCAACUCACCACCGACUCCCACACCACCUUCCUCCCCAUCCCCUCCCUUUCCUGGCUCACAACCCUCAUCCCCUCCACCACCUCUCGCAACAUCCCACCCCUUCCCUCCCUCCUAGCCACCGCCCGCCUCCGCCUCCUUUCCUCCGACCUUUCCACGCCCGGUCUCCUCGACCCCAGCUACGUCUCCUCACACAGCUUCCCCCCCUCUUUAACAUCCGGUCAACAACACCCACCUACGGGGUACCCAAAAGACCAGACCCUCCCACAAGACGUCCUAGUCCAAGUCCUCGACAUCGUCAACCUGUCCCGCUCCAAAUGGGAAGUCGUCGAAGAGCUUGAGUCCAUCGAGCGCGGGGAACAGACGCGCGGGAGGGAAGUUAUUCGCCUCCCCACCACUUCCAACUCCUCCGAUCCUAAUGAUCCCAACGACGGGGUAGAUAUGGGCGACGGCGGGACCCAAACGCAAGCUGCCCAGCAACAAGCAGCAACAGCCCAAGCCCAGCAGCAAGCCCAACAAGCAAAAGACCGCAAAAACGCAACACACAAAAUAACUCUCCAAGAUUGCUCAGGGCAGAGACUCUAUGCGCUAGAACUAAAAAGAAUAGAAGAAAUCGCCGUGCCGCAAUUUGUCAAUGGAAAAAUGGUUGGGGGGACGCCGAUCGGGUGUAAGUUGUUGUUGAGAAAGGGGACAAAAGUGGCGAGGGGGGUGGUGUUGUUGGAGCCGGGGAGGGUCAAAGUGUUGGGGGGUAGGGUAGAGGGGUGGGGGAGGGUUUGGGAACAGGGACGGUUUGAGAGGGUGAGGGGGGAGGUUCAGGCUCAGAGGGGGUGAGUGAGUGGCAAUGAAAGGGAGAGAGGAGGGGGGAAGUAGGGAAGUGGGGGGACAAUGGACGGGGGUAGGAGGAGAUGAAGAGAAGUACCUGAUGAAGGGGAUGGGAAUGGGGAUAGAGGUAGGGAAGGGGAUGGAAAUGGGAUAAAAUGCCCUGGGAGUGUUGGUAAUCAAAGAGGGACACACAUGGAUAGAGGGGCCGCGGACAGUCUGGCGUUGGCACUAUCAUGCCCACCUCAAAGAGUUCAUAUCGGAUGGAGGGCUGGGACUCGACGACAAAAAGGGUUGGUUGGAGUUGUUCAGGUAGUGCAAAAGGGAAAACGG